GUGCAACUUCCGUAGAGGAGAGAAUUUCGGGUGUGAGUCAGUUUGUCAGCAUCGCGUGCAAUUUAUUACUUUAGUGAAUUUAAAAAUACUCUUUAUUUCUUUCAAUUGAAAAGGAUAAUGAACGGAACAAUGGCCAUGGCACCAACUUCACAAAAUAAUAUGGAACCACCAAGCAAGAAGUCUAGAGUUGAAGAUGUUACAGCGGAGAGACAGUACAGAAUCUGUGGCCUACGACUGAGCUGUGAUCAUGAGCGUGCGCCAAACAAAGAAAGAGAACGCUACAUUCGUUGAACAGAACAAAUCAGAGUUUUGCAAACUCCCACUCACACAGCAUCAAUCGAGUACCAUAUAUGAUGCAUACUUUAGAUAGGGAAUGCAACAGACUUCUUGCCAGGCCCUAUAUAUGACCUUAAUCAAAUAGGUCAAGUUGUAGCCGGUCCUGGUGCAAAAUACCUUACAUUACCUGGCAUCUUAGGUGCUGGUCUACCAAAAAUUACAUCAGAACAGCAAGAUACAGUGAACAGAGCGAAGAAAUAUGCCAUGGAACAAAGCAUCAAGAUGGUUCUCAUGAAACAGACAUUAGCUCAUCAACAACAGCAAAUGGCUAGUCAACGGAAUCAGGUGCAGAGACAGCAGGCUCUCGCCCUCAUGUGCAGGGUUUAUGUGGGCAGCAUCAGCUUCGAAUUGAAAGAGGACACAAUUAGACAAGCAUUUCUACCCUUUGGACCGAUCAAGUCUAUCAACAUGUCUUGGGAUCCUCUUACGCAGAAACAUAAAGGAUUUGCAUUCGUCGAAUAUGAGAUACCUGAAGCUGCACAACUUGCAUUAGAACAAAUGAAUGGUGUCAUGAUUGGUGGACGUAACAUCAAGGUAGUGGGAAGGCCAUCCAAUAUGCCUCAAGCACAAUCAGUUAUUGAUGAAAUUACAGAAGAAAGUAAACAUUACAACCGUAUUUAUAUUGCAUCUAUACAUCAUGAUUUGACAGAGGAUGAUAUAAAGUCUGUUUUCGAAGCAUUUGGACCUAUUACUUAUUGUAAAUUAGCACAAGGUAGUUCACCUCAUAGACAUAAAGGCUAUGGUUUUAUUGAAUAUGAAACUAUGCAAGCUGCUUUAGAAGCAAUAGCAUCUAUGAAUUUGUUUGACUUGGGUGGACAGUAUCUAAGAGUUGGUAGAGCUAUUACACCACCAAAUGCUUUGAUGGGACCUCCAAGUGGAACUAGUAUGAUGCCAACAGCUGCUGCAGUUGCGGCUGCUGCGGCUACAGCAAAAAUACAAGCUAUGGAUGCAGUAGCUAGCAAUGCUGUAGCACUUGGAUUAACCAAACUUGGAGCAACAGCACCACCCAUUUUAAAUCAAGCUUUACCAGGAAUAGUACGACCAACAAUUGCACCUGCAACAAUAAUGGCACCUCCAACUGUUGCAACUGUUGCACCAGUUAUACCACCUCCAGGUAUUGCCAUACCACAAACUUUAACACGUCCACCUGCGAUUAUACAACCAAUUCCUGGGCAACCAGUUAUUAUACCACCUCGAGCUGUUGUUGCUCCUGCCAUUGUAGGAGCUCCAGUUAUACCAGUAGUCACAACAGCAAAUUCUGAUAUUAUGAGACGAGCACAAGAACAAGCAGCACAUCAAAAACAACAAGAAGAAUUACAGAAAAAAUUACUAGAAGAAACGGAACCGCAAACAUUGCAACAACAGGAAAAUAUGUCUAUUAAGGGACAGAGUGCUCGACAUCUUGUUAUGCAAAAACUUAUGCGUAAAGUAGAAUCUCGUGUUGUCAUUUUACGAAAUAUGGUAGCUCCUGAAGAUAUCGAUGAAAGUCUAAAAGAAGAAAUUCAAGAUGAAUGUUCUAAAUUUGGCGUCGUAGAGCGUGUUAUUAUUUAUAAUGAACGACAAUCUGAAGAUGAUGAAGAUGCAGAAGUUAUUGUGAAAAUUUUUGUCGAAUUUUCACAAAUGAGUGAAGCCGAACGAGCAAGAGAUUCUUUAAAUGGUCGUUAUUUUGGUGGGAGACUAGUGAAAGGAGAGUUGUAUGAUCAAGCUCUAUUUGAUAAUAGUGAUUUUUCUGGUUGAUUAGUGCAUUCUCAAUUAAACAUUUAUAUAUCAAAUUCCAUCAAUUUCUACCACAUGGAAGAAUUUGUAUUUGAUGUUGACUGAUAGUUUGUAUUUGAACAAACUUCGGGAUAUUAUUUAUUACCAACUCCUACGAUUAUCAAUCAAAGUAUCUCGUUGAUAUUCAAUAAUUGAUUUGUCAUGUUAAUAUCUUCAGAAGUAAGAUUCAUUUCAUGCGUUCACAAUACCUGAUAAUAUAAGUAAUAAUAUUUUAAAAACAUGGAGUUCAUAUUCAGAGUAAAGUUCUCUCGUUAAAAAGACUAUUAUACUACGAUUUAAUAAAAUCAUAUAGGACAUAAAUAGAUUUCUGUAAUAAUCAAACGAGCUAAAUGGUUUUUUACUGUUUUAUUUUAAAUUAAAUCUAUUACAAAAUAUUAUUGCAAAAAUAUGAAAAUUGUGUUAACUUGAUAAAAACACUGGAUAAAUAUAUUCAUAAGCACUUGAAUUUUAAAGUUGUGAAGUACAAGUUAUCAUAGUAUCUGAAUUUCCUAUUUGAAUUCAUUUAUUUAAAAGAAUACUCUGAAAAAGAUAAAAGGGUAUUUUUUUUGUAUAACAUUAAACGUUUGUAAAUUGUAUGUUUCAAAGAUGUAAUCUUAAGUUUUACAAUUUUUUUUCCAGUCGUAAAAUGACUGAUUUAUAGAUGAAAAUAUAUGUAAAUAGAUGAUAGAGAAUAAUAAUAAAUUGUUUUACACAUA